AUGCAAUGUGAUGGGAUCCUGCAUGCUGCGACUCCUGGGGAUGCUCAUGGCAAGGCAGACAGCCGGACCACCCAGAGCCAAGCCGCCACAUGGAGGAACCGCUUGCGGGAAGCAUGGACCAGGGUGCAGCACCAGAGCCAGACUCACGCAGACCCAGAGCAUGGCCCGAGAGCCGAAACACAUCGCGGAGUUGGGACGUGGCACACAAGUCCAAAGCAGCCGUAUCUCCCAACAAUGUCCGUGCUGGACCGCGCGAUCUUGACCACAAGCCAGAUGUCAGACAAACAACUCCAGGCUUCCAAGAACUCAUCUGUCACACAGGUCAAGUGGCACAAGAUUGUGGUUAUGUGGUUCCUCACUGCAAUUUGGAUCUUGUACUUCAGAAUAUCUUGGACUGAAAGCACCGCCCCUCUGCCCCCAGCUCCCCGUCCUGCAAACAAAUCCUCCGGAUUUUUCUCUAGGACACUGGUCAACCUGACUCAUCUUUUGUAUUGGCCUCUGACUCCGAGACAUAAAAGGGACAUUUUGGCCUCCACCAGUGCCAAGACCUCCACCUACCACCUGGGGGGUCUUACCCAGACCAGUUACACCCUGGGAGGCUACCUAGAGGCUGUCCUUGUGGCCAGGGACCACGAGGGCAGACCCAAAACUCACGGUGGAGAUCUGUUUAGGGCACAGCUGCUGGGUCCCUCUCUGCAUAGUGGGGUCCUUGGGGAUGUCCGGGACCUGGAGAACGGCAUAUACCUCCUGUCCUUUCCCCUGCUUUGGGCCGGGAUGGCCCAGGUGCAAGUGCGGCUGAUCCACUCUAGUGAGGCAGUUGAAGUUCUACGGAGAAUCUGGAGAGAAGAAGGGGCCACAGUCGAUUUCACAGGCUAUUUCCGGGGACCCACAGGAUAUGAAGAAAACAUGACUUGCAAUACGAACCCCUUGUUGUUUGGGGAGAAAGAGGAUAUCUGUUACUACAAGGAUGAAGAUUCUGGUGAACUCUGGUACUGUGCCCAGCCCCAGACCCUGUCCUGUGACUCACUGGUAGGACAUUCAGCUGGACGAUACUGGAAAGUGACCACACCAUACGAAGAUGCUCUGCUGGCAUGGAACCUGACAGACCAGGUCCUCCCACAGGGUAUUGGCCCAUUCCAUGUAUCCAAGAAAAGGAACAGGAAGCUGGUUGUGCGUCCUGAACAGCCGUGCUACCCUGGGAUCCCAGCCCCAAAGCCCUCUGGCUUCUACCAUGGAAAUGUCUGGUACUCGCUGGCGUGCUCCAGCCGCUCCUUCCCCACAGCAGACAGCAUCGUGGGCUGCCUGGCUGGCCGCAUCGUCCACAUGAUGGGGGACUCCACGCUUCGGCAGUGGUGGGAGUAUCUGCGUGAUACCGUGCCCUCCCUGAAGCCCAUAGAUCUCCAUGCUACGUAUCACUCGGGGCCCCUGAUGGCUGUGGACACGACGAUGGGCAUAGUGCUGCACUGGCGGACCCACAGCUGGCCCCUGCGCACUCUCCGCACACAAGGGGCCUCCCUGCACUCAGUGGUCAGGGAGCUGACAGGCCUGGCAGGGGGUCCCCACACCGUGGUUGUGCUGGGCUUGGGAGCCCACUUCCCCACCUUCCCCCCCUCCAUAUUUGUGCGACGUUUGGCAGGGAUUCGGGCAGCCGUGAUGGUCCUGCUGUCCCGGGCACCCAGUACUCUUGUGGUCAUCAAACUGGCAAAUACUGGCUACAAGUCUGUGUAUGGCAGUCACUGGCUCAUCCUGCAGGUGAACCGCCUGCUUCGAGUUGCCUUUUCUGAUCUCCGCGUGGCCUUUGUGGAUGCCUGGGAAAUGACUUCCAGCCUGGCCCUGCCAGACAACAUCCACCCAGUGAAGCUCAUUGUCAGCAAUGAGGUGGACCUACUCCUCUCCUUCAUCUGUCCCACCUAAACGCUCCGGGUGCCCUGGGACUGUGAUCACAGUGUGCCUGGGGCCUGGCCACAGGACCUGCGAAGAGGAAGGGUGGAACAGUGACCGAGAAGAGGAGGCCUCAGGGUUUACCACCUGGCUAAAUUCUCAACAUUUGGGUGACCAUCUUUUCCUCUACCUGUCUUGCAGUACAUCAAUAAAUGUGUAAUUUGUUAUAUAAAUGAGCCCAUACUUUACAUGCAUUCUUUUAAAUUCCCUUCUUUGUUUUUACAAUUUUAUUCAUAGGCACUUGACUCCUACAGUCAAGAGACAAGGAAGCCUGGUUAUUGUAAACCAAACAUUGCAUAUUGUAAUCCAAAUAAUAUAAUCCCUUUUCUCAUCUUCACAGCACAAGGAAUUGUAUACUUGUAAUUUUGUUAAAAUGUUAUUGGAAUUUUGUCAAGUUAAUACCAGCAUACCAUCUCCA